UUUCUGUUCAAUACCGACGUCCAGUCUCGGGAAGUUUACUACUGGCACUGCUGACUUGAGUCUAACGUUGUUAGUUAAGCUACCUACCUGGCUAGACAGCUAGCUAAUAGCCUGUAGCUAGCUUGUUUAGCUAACGUUGAUAUUAACGCCAGUCAUUAUUUAGUAUAAUUGUAUUGAUUGAUACAUUAAUAAUUAUCCGAAAUAAUAAAUCAUUGUUCUAAUUAGUCGGUACGUAAUAUUGCUACUAGGCUGGUUUCUGAGGACAUUCACGAAGACCCAUUCUUGCCAUAGCUAGCUAACUACAGUAACACUUAGCUAAGCUGAGAAACUAGCAAAGCUAACCAGCAACGUCGCUCCUCUCUCGCCUUUUUUGAGUCCAGUUCUCACAAGUAAGGAUAACAAAACAGCCAAUUAGUCUGCUGAUAGCGUACUUUUGAUGCCAUAAUGGAAAGUUUAACAUUAACUGAUGUGGAGCAGAAGUAUUACUCUGAUUUGUUCGUUUAUUGCGAUACGGACAACACCAAGAAAGUGGCUUCCAACGGCAAAGUUCUUGACCUUUUCCGGGCGGCCCAACUACCCAGUGAGGUUGUCCUGCAGGUAACUUAGGCUACCUACAUUAAGCUAGCUAAUGUAUCAAUCUGUAAAAUGUGAUAGAUACAUGUUGUAUGUAGCGUGCUUGUUGACUGGUGAACGUGACAAGACACCUUUUACUAACGUUAGCCAGUUAGCAAAGUGAAAAGGAGCUUUGCAGCUGGCUAACUGCUAGCCAAGUAUGCUUCCCAGAAGGAAGUUAGCAAGUUGCUAGCAUUACACUUUCUACAUGGGCAAACUGAUGUCAAUAGAUAUUCAACACCAUAUUUAUUUUCAAUGUUCUUCUAACUAUCUUUAUGCUUGAUAGUCUUAACAUUUGAAUAAUUAGCUACCUAGCUGUCAGUUAACAGUCGAUAGCCUACUUCCUUCCUUGUGCAUUUAAUACUUUGUUGCUUGCUGGACUGGAUACAAAGUUUACAAUAAUAUUGUCCAUAUUAUACGGACACAAUCUUAUUUGUAUCACCUUGUUUCUAUAGGUCCUUAUCAAUAAAACAUAAUACAGUGUAGAGCGUUCGAUUGGGCUGCUGGGGGGCAAGGCGGCCCCCAACAUCGUUAUAAACGACAACUAUGUGUCGUUUUCAAGGGAUUGUUAAAUAAAUGUUUGAACUAUUUGGUUUUAAUAUCACCUAUUGAAGAACGUAGAAAUACACAUUUACGAUUAUUCCAAAUGUUUUGCUCUAUCAGAGUUAAUCAGCAAGUAACUGCAUGCUUAAUCAUGAUCAGUAAACAUCCAUUGAUCAUGUAUUUUCAGAUAAGUGAGGGUAGCCUAUCAAUUUGGUAUGUAGCUAAAUGUUAAGAGCCCAGAAGUUUGGGCUGAACAUUAAUAUGCGUCACUUGCGGUACGGUAUCUUUAAUAUCAGCGAGAAAUAAUAAUAAAGGAAAGGUUAAAUUCAUACACACCUUUUUUAUAGGGUUAGUGUUCCCACACUGCCAUAUCUCCAUGUUACAACGCGUGUUUACGGAAGACAGGGACCACCUGUGCUAAUUAGCUAUCUAGCAGGCUCCUAACACCUGUGUGUAACAGAAGAAGGCCUCUAAUUUGUAGUCACUGAAAAAUACUGUCAGCUGCAACUGUGAUAAAGCCGGUUAAAACAUUUGUGAAAUUAUUUUGGUGUGAUAUAAAAGUAAAGGGAUUUAUGUUUCUAGAACCGUAUCGCAAUUGAGAAUCGAUUCAUGUUUAGGUGGAGUAUUUGGCUGUUUUGGCUGCCAGAGCCAGUCUACCUCUGAAAAUAACAUAUAAGGUCCUUGGACCUUAAGGAAUAACGGUAGGCUCCUUAAGAGUACAUCUUGGGCUAGAGAUAAAUGUGCGUAUUUGUUUUGCAUGGAAUAAUAUGAAAUGUGUAAUUCUGACUAUGCUCUUCAAGAGGUGAUUAUAUUACAACCAAAUAGUUAACAUUUAUUGAACAAUCCCUUGAAAACGGCACGCUGUUGUCAAUGGUUUUAUCUGAGCCGGGGGUCUCCUUGCCCCCCAGCAGGCAAAUCGAACAUGCUGCACCUUAUUGUGACGGUUUAUUGAUAAUGACCUAUCCAAAAGUCAAAAGUGCUCAUUUGAAUGAUUUAUCAAAUCCAAGAUGUGAAGUCCGUAUAAUGUGCAUUGUAGCACAGACUGAGUUACUUGAACAUAGGAAUGUUCAGCUUGCCUAUUUCUUUGUAUAUUCAUGCUAUUAUCAAUUUAUCCAUUUGUGGGCUAACAUCAACAUUACUGUCACAGUUGAAGGAUUGCUGGGCUGUCUUUCAUUCAAAGUGUCAGUUAUUGACCAGCUCAGUCUAAUUCCUAAGCCACUUGUCCUGGUGUAUAGAAUUCAUGUGAUAGGAAGGGGUCUGUAUUUCUGACUCACACUUUUGUUUUAAACAUUUACUGUGUCUUUGCUAUUUUGUGGGCCAUGAUUUCUUCCUCCUUCAGAAACACAAGACUAAUAGUUUCUGCUAUGGAUGUUUAGUAUACUGAAGAAUAGGCUUUAUACAUGAUCCAUAUCUAAGAUGUGAAAUGUUUCCUGGGUCAGUUUGACAGCCUAUUUCCCAUUGAAAUGAUGCUGACUCACUAGGCCUAGGCUUGUAACAUAAUUUCUUACCAACCUUGGUCUUACCUUAUAGCACCGCAAUGGUAAAGUCAUAUACCUCUCCAGAUUCAGAUCGUGCAUGUCCCUUUUAGAAAUGACAGGCCGUUUUGUGCAGACACAAGUCACAUUGCUCAGUAAGCACACAAAGCAACAGCUUUCUUCCUGUGUUAGGAAGCAACGUCCUUGGAACUUUCUCUGUGAGAGACUGCAACAUUCUCCCCCAUUAUAAACUAUUUGGCACAAAACAGUAGUGCAUUAACAGAAUGAGUUUAUAUUGCUCUACAGUUGAAGUCGAAAGUUUACAUACACUUAGGCUGGAGUCAUUAAAACUUGUUUUUCAACCACUCCACACAUUUCUUGUUAACAAACUAUAGUUUUGGCAAGUCGGUUAGGACAUCUACUUUGUGCAUGACACAAGUCAUUUUUCCAACUGUUGUUUACAGACAGAUUAUUUCACUUAUAAUUCACUGUAUCACAAUUCCAGUGGGUCAGAAGUUUACAUACACUAAGUUGACUGUGCCUUUUAAACAGCUUGGAAGUUUCCAGAAAAUUAUGUCAUAGCUUUAGAAGCUUCUGAUAGGCUAAUUGACAUCAUUUGAGUCAAUUGGAGGUGUACCUGUGGAUGUAUUUAAAGGCCUACCUUCAAACUCAGUGCCUCUUUGCUUGACAUCAUGGGAAAAUCAAAAGAAAUCAGCCAAGACCUCCGAAAAAAGAUUGUAGCCCUCCACAAGUCUGGUUCAUCCUUGGGAGCAAUUUCCAAACGCCUGAAGGUACCAUGUUCAUCUGUACAAACAAUAGUACGCAAGUAUAAACACCAUGGGACCACGCAGCCGUCAUACCGCUCAGGAAGGAGACGCGUUCUGUCUCCUAGAGAUGAACGUUCGUUGGUGUGAAAAGUGCAAAUCAAUCCCAGAACAACAGCAAAGGACCUUGUGAAGAUGCUGGAGGAAACCGGUACAAAAGUAUCUAUAUCCACAGUAAAACGAGUCCUAUAUCGACAUAACCUGAAAGGCCGCUCAGCAAGGAAGAAGCCACUGCUCCAAAACCGCCAUAAAAAAGCCAGACUAUGGUUUGCAACUGCACAUGGGGACAAAGAUCGUACUUUUUGGAGAAAUGUCCUCUGAUCUGAUGAAACAAAAAUAGAACUGUUUGGCCAUAAUGACCAUCGUUAUGUUUGGAGGAAAAGGGGGGUUGCUUGCAAGCCGAAGAACACCAUCCCAACCGUGAAGCACGGGGGUGGCAGCAUCAUGCUGUGGGGGUGCUUUGCUGCAGGAGGGACUGGUGCACUUCACAAAAUAGAUGGCAUCAGGGGAAGGAAAAUGAUGUGGAUAUAUUGAAGCAACAUCUCAAGACAUCAGUCAGGAAGUUAAAGCUUGGUCGCAAAUUGGUCUUCAAAAUGGACAAUGAGCCCAAGCAUACUUCCAAAGUUGUGGCAAAAUGGCUUAAGGAUAACAAAGUAAAGGUAUUGGAGUGGCCGUUACACCAGCUCUGUCAGGAGGAAUGGGCCAAAAUUCACCCAACUUAUUGUGGGAAGCUUGUAGAAGGCUACCCGAAACGUUUGACCCAAGUUAAACAAUUUAAAGGCAAUGCUACCAAAUACUAAUUGAGUGUAUGCAAACUUCUGAUGAAAUAAAUAAAAGCUGAAAUAAAUCAUUCUCUCUACUAUUAUUCUGACAUUUCAUGUUCAUAAAAUAAAGUGGUGAUCCUAACUGAUCUAAGACAGGGAAUUUUUACCUGGAUUAAAUGUCAGUAAUUGUGAAAAACUGAGUUUAAAUGUAUUUGGGUAAGGUGUAUGUAAACUUCCGACUUCAACUGUAUGUUGAUAAUACUUUGUCUCAGAUAACAGAGCUCUGUGGAGCCACUCGCCUGGGCCAUUUUGGAAGAAGCCAGUUUUACAUUGCACUGAAACUCAUCGCUGUAGCCCAGUCUGGACUGCCUCUCCGGGUAGAGAGCCUAAAUUCUGGUGAGUAAACAUGUCUAGAAUUCUCCAUCUAUUAGAAAUGGACCCCUAAAAUAUGAGGCAGGGUAUAGCACCGGACAAUGUUUAAAUCUUUGUUUGCCUUUGGUUGGUGCGGUUUCAGUUAAAAUCAACCUGACGAUAUUUAAGGGACAGUAGCAUAGUCAUGUGUUCUUUACAAUGACAUUUAUUUGUCUUCAAACGUUGCAAGAGCAUAGCUGUUUGCAUAACUUCAAAGAUGGAAUAAGGAUAGCCUACACUUACAUUUACAUUUACAUUACAUUUUAGUCAUUUAGCAGACGCUCUUAUCCAGAGCGACUUACAGUUAGUGAGUGCAUACAUUAUUUUUCAUACUGGCCCCCCGUGGGAAUCGAACCCACAACCCUGGCGUUGCAAACGCCAUGCUCUACCAACUGAGCUACAUCCCUGCCGGCCAUUCCCUCCCUUACCCUGGACGACGCUGGGCCAAUUGUGCGCCUCCCCAUGGGUCUCCCGGUUAAGGGCUGGUACCACGGUUAAGGGCUGGUACCACGGUUAAGGGCUGGUCUUUGUGGUAUAUGGCCAAUAUACCACGGCUAAGGGCUGUUCUUUGUGGUAUAUGGCCAAUAUACCACGGCUAAGGGCUAUGUCCCAACGAACAGCCCUUAGCCGUGGUAUAUUGGCCAUAUACCACACCUUCUCGGGCCUUAUUGCUUAAUCAUAGCAAUCAAAACAAGUUACAUCGAAAUCCAUUGAUGGAAAAUGUCUUGGGCUAGACAUUUUUGCUAAACCUGGCAACCCUGACUCAAAGGCAGUCCUUCGAUAUAAAGUUGUGUUUGACGAAAAUUAAAACGUGUCAGUUUGUCGCUUUCACGAGGUUGGAGUACUAACAUGUUCAACUACAUAAAAGAUUGGCUCAAAUCUAGGUUGUGCCUUUCCUUUACAUUUCGAGAAAAUUAACAACUAAGGAAUAAUUUUUCACUUCUCUCAUUGACUAGUGAAAUGUUACAGUGUUGAUCAAAGCCUCGUGUAACGAACCUACACAACUGUCAGGAAAGCCUCAAUGCUUCACAUUCGUUUCCCCAUCACUAUGCAUUCCUGAUUGUAUUAUCUGUUCAGAUAAAAGAGUAUGAAAGAACCAAUCAUUUACCUACCACAAAUAAUGUGUCGACCUCCUUCACAGCUCACGGUUUACUUACCAACUUCUUCCCUGAUUUGGGGUUGGUUAAAUGCGGAAGACGCAUUUCGGUUGAAUGCAUUCAGUUGUGCAACUGACUAGGUAUCCCCUUUCCCAUUUUGAAUCAAUGGACACAUAGUAGGGCCGAGACAAUACAAGUGUCGUGAUACUCGUUAGUAUCGUGGCAAGGAAACAAAACACCAAGCAGAUUUAACUUCUUUAGGAAAACAGCCCCAAUGUUGGAAACAAAUAUCCUUAUGUUGUCAUCCAGAGUCACAUUUAUUUAUUUUCCGAACUACAUCCCCCUUAGCGUUUUUCCUAUUUUGUUGCAUUACAACCUGUAAUUUAAAUGGAUUUUUAUUUGGAUUUCAUGUAAUGGACAUACACAAAAUAGUCCAAAUUGGUGAAGUGAAAUGAAAAUAAUAAUUUGUUUCAAAAAAACAAAUAACGGAAAAGUGGUGUGUGCAUAUGUAUUCACCCCCUUUGCUAUGAAGCACCUAAAUAAGAUCUGGUGCAACCAAUUACCUUCAGAAGUCACAUAAUUAGUUAGAUUGCACACAGGUGGACUUUAAGUGUCACAUGAUCUCAGUGUAUAUAUACACCUGUUCUGAAAGGCCCCAGAGUCUGCAACACCACUAAGCAAGGGGCACCACCAAGCAAGCGGCACCAUGAAAACCAAGGAGCUCUCCAAACAGGUCAGGGACAAAGCUGUGUAGAAGUACAGAUCAGGGUUGCGUUAUAAAAAAAUAUCUGAAACUUUGAACAUCCCACAGAGCACCAUUAAAUCCAUUAUAAAAAAAUUGAAAGAAUAUGACACCACAACAAACCUGCCAAGAGAGGGCCGCCCACCAAAUCUCACAGACCAGGCAAGGAGGGCAUUAAUCAGAGAGGCAACAAAGAGACCAAAGAUAACCCUGAAGGAGCUGCAAAGCUCCACAGCGGAGAUUGGAGUAUCUGUCCAUAGGACCACUUUAAGCUGUACACGCCACAGAGCUGGGUUUUACGGAAGAGUGGCCAGAAAAAAAGCCAUUGCUUAGAGAAAAAAAUAGGCAAACACGUUUGGUGUUUGCCAAAAGGCGUGUGGGAGACUCCUCAACCAUAUGGAAGAAGGUACUCUGGUCAGAUGAGACUAAAAUUGAGCUUUUUGGUCAUCAAGGAAAACGCUAUGUCUGGCGCAAACCCAACACCUCUCAUCACCCCGAGAACACCACCCCAGUGAAGCAUGGUGGUGGCAGCAUCAUGCUGUGGGGAUGUUUUCAUUGGCAGGGACUGGGAAACUGGUCAGAAUUGAAGGAAUGAUGGAUGGCGCUAAAUACAGGGAAAUUCAUGAGGGAAACCUGUUUCAGUCUUCCAGAGAUUUGAGACUGGGACGGAGGUUCACCUUCCAGCAGAACAAUGACCCUAAGCAUACUGCUAAAGCAACACUUGAGUGGUUUAAAAGGAAACAUUUAAAUGUCUUGGAAUGGCCUAGUCAAAGCCCAGACCUCAAUCCAAUUGAGAAUCUGUGGUAUGACUUAAAGAUUGCUGUACACCAGCAGAACCCAUCCAACUUGAAGGAGCUGGAGCAGUUUUGCCUUGAAGAAUGGGCAAAAAUCCCAGUGGCUAGAAGUGCCAAGCUUAUAGAGACAUACCCCAAGAGACUUGCAGCUGUAAUUGCUGCAAAAGGUGGGUCUACAACAUAUUGACUUUGGGGGGGUAAAUAGUUAUGCACGCUCAAGUUUUCUGUUUUUUUAUCUUAUAAUUGGCCUAAAAUACAAAUGAGGUGUGUUUAGGUAUUGAACUGAAUUUUCUCCCUAGAGAUGAGCUGUUUUUAAAUGCAUAAUAUACUGUCAAAACAUGGAGGAUACGUGCAUCAGUUAUGCGAGUCACCCAAGUCUCAUAUCUGAGUCUAUUAAUAAGCAACAGGAUGCAAAGAUAUGGAUGGAUCAGAGGUAGAGCAUUAGUGUGAGUUUGCAGGAAAUAAAGGCAUCCCUGUAGGGUUUAAGAUACAGGAGAAGAAUAGAGACUUAAGUCAACAGGAAAUUGCACAACCCAAACGGGAUGCUGGGCCAGUGAGAUUGGAGGAAAAGACUCAAAGUUGCCCAGAACAUGAAUAUUUUUGUAUAUAAAAUUGUUUUAACCCCCCCCCCCCCCCCAAACACACACACACACACACUCACACACAUUUGACAAAACAGUCUUUUAGUAUUAAGGAGGCGUCUCUUUUUCUAAACAAUGUAGUGGUCUUUCUUUCCUUUAACCCACCACCUUAACCCACUUUCAAUUGAGAUGGUUUGGGAUGAGUUUGACUGCAGAGUGAAGGAAAAGCAGCCAACAAGUGCUCAGCAUAUAUGGGAACUCCUUCAAGACUGUUGGAAAAGCAUUCCUCAUGAAGCUGGUUGAGAGAAUGCCAAGAGUGUGCAAAGCUGUCAUCAAGGCAAAGGGUGGCUACUUUGAAGAUUCUCAAAUAUAAAAUAUAUUUGGAUUUGUUUAACUUUUUUGCUUACUACAUGAUUCCAUAUGUGUUAUUUCAUAGUUUUGAUGUCUUCACCAUUAUUCUACAAUGUAGAAAAUAGUAAAAAUAAAGAAAAAUCCUUGAAUGAGUAGGUGUGUCCAAACGUUUUGACUGGUACUGUAUGUUAAGUCAGUUUACUAACACUUAACUUGAUCUGGUUAAUAAUGCAGCUAAAAAACAAAUGUGGUUAUCAAUAUCAACACUUUUGUUGUGAUAAGCCAUGCUAGACUACAACAACGGACCAUUCAAGCCCAUAGUCAAGACAACUAGCUGGAGGGGAUUUGAGGCAGUGCUGUUAUCUAAUAGUGUUUCUCAUCCACAGUCAAGGACUUGCCUCUGCCUCGCUUUGUUGUGGCCAAAAAUGAGCAGGAGGCCAGACACACAGCCAUGUACCCCGACUUGGAGAACCAGGGGCCUUACCAGGGUGUGAUUCCACGACCCCCGGGCCGAGGGCAGGUCAAGAAGGUGUCUGCCCACGAGGUCAUCCAGCCCUGUGUGCCCACAGUAGAACCACAGGUCAGUCAUAAUAAUUCUUCCCCUCUGGAGAUGUAGGCUAGAUAUCAUGCCCAAUAAGAGCUGUUAUUUUUAUAGUGCUGAAAGCCUACAUGUUGGCAAAGGCAAGGUAAGAAACAUUUAUCUUAUCAACAGAUCUCUGGUGGAGAAAUGCAUUUGAUGCAAAACAAUUUGUAUUAUAUCAAUUUUUAAAGAGUAGUACUGUAACUCUGACAGAUCUAACUUUGAUUAAACAUUGUAUGUCUAUCUAAUGUUAUUUACCCCUCUCUGCAGCCCGACACCACUUCUCCAGUGGUGUCUCCCAACCAGUCCCCUCCCACCUCGCCCCAUGCCUGGAGGAAGCACAAACGGCAGGCCAGCGGGGGGAACUUAGAGAGACCUCCUGUGGUGGUGGCAGGUGCUGUCUGGACACCUUUCAGAGAAGCACAAUCAGGUACACACUACUCUGCAAACUGUAUCCUCUGCGAAGAUGACAAUCUGGCAAUGUUUCAGUUGGAGAUGUCCAAUAAUGCAUCUUAUUGACUUUCACCAUCCUGCAACUAUGGCAUGUCUUAAAUAUAUGAGAGGUUCAGCCAAUAAACAUAAAUGUUUUGUUUCCUGACAAUGAUGUUGAUGUCAUACAGUGCCGUGAAAAAGUAUUUGCCCCCUUUCUAAUUGUAGCUACUUUUGCAUAUUGUUUUUAUAUUUAUCUUUUAUCUUUUUUCUCCCCAAUUUCGUGGUAUCCAAUUGGUAGUUAGUCUUGUCCCAUCGCUGUACAGACAUGGGAGAGGUGAAGGUCGAGAGCCGUGCGUCCUCCGAAACACAACCCAACCGAGCCGCACUGCUUCUUGACACAAUGCCCGCUUAACCCAGUAGCCAGCCGCACCAAUGUGUCGGAGGAAACACCGUACACCUGGCGGCCAUGUCAGCGUGCACUGCGCCCAGCCCGCCAAAGGAGUCGCUAGUGUGCGAUGGGACAAGAACAUCCCUGCUGGCCAAACCCUCCCCUAACCUGGACGACGCUGGGCCAAUUGUGCGCCACCCCAUGGGUCUCCCGGUUGCGGCCGGCUGCGACAGAGCCUGGACUCGAACCAGACUUUUGCAUAUUUUUUAUACUAAAUGUUAUCAGAUCUUCAACCAAAGCCUAAUAUUAGAUAAAGGGAACCUGAGUGAACAAAUAACACAACAAUUACGUACUUAUUUCAUUUAUUUCAUAAACAAAGUUGUCCAAAAAGUUAUACUUUUGACUCUUCGGUCCAUAGAACAUUCUUCCAAGAGUCUUGAUGAUCAUCCAGGUGCUUCCAGGUGCUUUUUGGCAAACUUAAGUCAACUUUUUGGAUCAGAUGGGUCCCAUUUAUGUCUGGUGAAAACCAAACACUUCAUUCCACAGUAAGAACCUCAUACCAACGGUCAAGCGUGGUGGUAGUGUGAUGGUUUGGGGAUGCUUUGCUGCCUCAGGACCUGGACAACUUGCCUUAAUAGAAGGAACCAUAAAUUCUGCUCUGUAUCAGGGAAUUGUACAGGAGAAUGACAGGCCAUCCGUCUGUGAGCUGAAGCGCAACUGUGUCAUUCAGCAAGACAAUGAUCCAAAACACACAAUCAAGUCUACAUGAAAAUGGUUAAAAAGCAACACAUCUGAAGUUUUGGAAUGGCCUAGUCAAAGUCCAGACCUAAUCCCAAUUGAGAUGUUGUUGCAUGAGCAGUUCAUGCUUGAAAACCCACAAAUGUUGCUGAGUUAAAGCAGUUCUGCAUGCAAGAGUGGGCCAAAAUUCCUCCACAGCAAUGUGGGAGACUGAUUAACAACUACAGGAAGCAUUUUGUUGCAGUCAUUGGCACUAAAGGUGGCACAACUAGUUAUUGAGUGUAAGGGGACAAUUACUUUUUCACACAGGGGAAUUAGGUGUUGCAGAACUUAUUUUUUAAUGAAAUAAAUCAAAUAAGUAUCAAUUUUGUUAUAUGUAAACAAGUUCCCUUUAUCUAAUAUUAGGUUUUGGUUGAAGAUCUGAUAACAUUCAGUAUCAAAAAUAGAGAAAAUCAGAAAGGGGGCAAAUACUUUUUCACGGCACUGUAAGUGUCUCUGUAGUCCUUCAGCAGUUCUUGAGUAUGCUCUCUGCUGUAGCUAGAAAGAUCUUUGUGUAAUCUAAUUGCCCUGUCUGAGGCUGUGUAACUAUCCUCUCUCCAUAGGACCUGUGGUGGCAGGUGAUGGGAUGUGGUCUGCCCACUCACCUCCCCCCGUUCAGGAAAGCUGGGUCAGUUUGAAAGAUACUCAUCCCCCCUCCAGCACACUGCCACCAAUGCAUCUCUCGCCGGUCCAGGUAGUGCAGCAAAUGCUUCCAUGGACCUGUCAUCUCUCUCACGUAAUGGCUUAAAGGCAGAGAUGGAGCUUUAGCUUAACUUCUUGUCUAGCCUACUUCACUAGAUGCUCUAUUUUGAUGGCUUCAGUUUCCCCCUCAUAAAAAUACAUAUUUCACUGCAAUAAAUCAGGAACAGUUCUGUGUCCAAACAAGCAAGAUUCACUGUAAGUGGGUUGAGGUAUUUGAAAACGAACACUUGCAAACCCUCUUCUGCUACUCUUCUGUUUAUUUCCCAUUGUCCCACAGUCUGUGUAUUCAUUGCCUAUUAGUACUAUCACGACUCUUCCAAAGGAUUGUUUCAAUCUGUUAUUUUCCUCUAAAUGUUUCACUUGGCUGCCUUUAGGAGAACUCUUCGAUACGAACGGUUGCGUCUGUUGCUACAGCCAAUGAAAUCCAAAGACAGUCCAGUAGUGGUUAUGACGACCCCUGGAAAAUCACAGACGAGCAGAGACAGUAUUACAUCAAUCAGUUCAAGACCAUCCAGCCCGACCUCAACGGUUUCAUUCCUGGUAAGUAGAGUGAGCUUUGUCUGAAAUAGGGUUGUAACUUUCCCAACAUUCCCAGGUUUUCCAUAAAUCCUGGUUGGAGGAUUCUUGGAAUCUGCAGGGAAUGAGCAGGACAUCAGGAAUCUUCCAACCAGGAUUGCUGGCAAACCAGGGAAUUUAAGGAAAGUUACAUGAAUUUUGCAACCCUAGUUUGGAACCACCUUUUACACUUGUUCCUGUUAAAGGUUACAGGGACUCUGGCUGUUACACUACAGUGAUUGACCUAUCACUAACUGACCUUUUCCCUUUGUCUAUAUUUCAGGUUCUGCCGCAAAAGAGUUUUUCACAAAAUCAAAGCUACCUAUUCUUGAACUAUCCCACAUUUGGUAAGUAUUCAAAGGUGUACUAUUGGCUUUAGGUGAGAUAUGUAAUGAUGAAAUUAUAUUAGUUUUAAUCCAGGAAGCAAUACUAAAGAAUGGAAAAUAUAACCUUCGAUAACUCCUCUUCAAUGAAUGAAUUUGGCUACCUCUUGCUCAGUUAAUGAGUUCACAAGGGAUUCCAGCAGUUUGCAAUGCAUGAGUGGGUUUUUACAUAAAACAUUUUUUCUCACAUUCUUUGCAUUACAGGGAGCUGUCGGAUUUUGAUAAAGACGGGGCGUUGACACUGGAUGAGUUCUGUGCUGCAUUUCAUCUGGUUGUUGCUAGGAAAAAUGGCUAUGACCUUCCCGAAAAGCUGCCGGAGAGUCUUAUGCCAAAGCUUAUUGACUUGGAUGACUCAGCAGGUAAUAGCUCGUACUCUCCUACUGCUAUAUAUUCAGAAUCUGUCAAAAUCUGGCCUGGGGGACCAUCUGCUGCAGACAGUUGAUUUAUGAAACACGGAGAGAAAUAAGUGUGAUUGAAUGGAACAGUCAUCCUGAUGGUAUAAAUGUUCCAUGUUCUAGAGGUUCCAGACCAGGCCCCUGAUGUGGGCUACUCGGGCUCCCCCGUGGAGGUGACCCCCAACAAGUCCCCCAUGCCCUCACUCAACCAGACCUGGCCUGAUCUCAACCAGGGCAACGAGGUUGGACACAGCAUCACCCCAUGUUAUCACUGUAGAAAUGGACAUAGUUGAACUUUUGCCAUUCAAGCAUUUUGUAAAUGACUUCUCAAUUAAGUGAUCAAAAAGGCUCUUUCCAUUGUGAGGUGUUAGUACCUAUCCUCUUGCAGGACUUUCCUGAUUCAGUACCUUUCUUAUCCAUUUCUGAGAAACACCACUUAGUACUUACUUAAUUUACAUACUGUAGCUGUUUUGUCAGAAAGCUGCAAUUGUUGAUAUUCUCAAUCAGUCCCAAAGUCAGUUUGCUCCAUUUCCGUUUAGCUAGUUAUCACUAACCAGGUUUUAGCCAACAUCCAUCCCAUCCUCACUACUAAUGGAUGAUAUGUGAUGAUAAAUGCAGUUCAUCACCCCUCCUGUGGGAGAGCAGUGGGGUUUGUAACUGGGUUGGGAAUCAUCCUGUGUGUGAUGAUCCAUUGAAAUGCCUGUGGUGCUGAUUUAUUUCUGCUCUGUCUCUCUAGCAGUGGGAGACUUUUAGUGAACGCUCCUCCAGCUCACAAACUCUGACCCAAUUUGAUUCUAACAUUGCACCAGCUGACCCUGUAAGUCAAUCACUUAGUUUGCCUGUUUCAGUAUUAAUGAUGAUAUUAACCCUUGGCCCCUUGAGAUCUCUCUCUUAGAGUGCAUGUACUUAAUUCUACUGAAUCUGCCCCAACAGCGGUGUCAAUGUGAUUUUGCUUGCUUAGCUUAUUGGAUACUCUACUUUUUUUCUGUCCCAUAUUAAGAAUAUGACAUUGUGGGCUCUACAAUAUAUUUAUUUAUUUCACCUUUAUUUAACUAGGCAAGUCAAGGUCCGGUCUAUUUGAUAAUUUAUAGCAGUAUGAAACAUAUUUUCCAUAUCUUCUGGUUUAUUAAAUCUGCAUAAUUGCCACACAUAUAAGCCUUUUCUAACCUUAUAAACUGUUCUGACAGUAUGAAAAUAGUUAUCUUUACAGCCAGAAGGGGAAUGGAUAGAUUCCUUAAGGCAUUAUUAUUGUGAGCUAAUGAUCAAACAAGACACAUUUGUCCUUACAGGAUACAGCUAUUGUCCACCCUGUUCCCAUUCGCAUGACCCCAAGCAAGAUCCAUAUGCAAGAGAUGGAGCUGAAGAGAACCGGAAGUGGUAAGAUAGUUUCCCCAUAUGAUAAGAGCGCGUAAACAUACACUGAGCUCUGUCCUCUAAAGCAGUGUUCACUUUUGAGACUCCAACUAGCAACUCUCCAGACUUUUACUGGGAAGUAGUGAAGGGACCUUCUUCUUAAAAAAAAUAAAAGAAAUACUGUUAAGGGAAUUUACUGUUUUUCUUUCUCAUUCCUGCAGACCACACACAUCCUACCAGUCCUCUGAUGGCUAAACCACCUGAGCUCUCUGAAGAAACCAAGCUUGCCACCUCUAUGAAGUUUGUAACUGCUAACUCUGGUAAGUGUCAAGGGAUGUGUCAUUAUCAUAAAGAACUUAGGACCGUGGCAAUUUGUAGGUAGAUCUAUUGUAGAAAAUAUGUCAUGUGACCAUAAUUAUAUUGCAUUUCCUUGAGGCAUGGUUUAACAUACAAUACUCAUAUUUUCUCUCCUAAAGGUGAUGGUUAUAGCAGUUCAGAUUCAUACACUUCAGAUCAAGACCCAAUUACAAGUGUUGUAACAAGACAAAGGUAAGUUGGUCUCAAUGUCUGGCGAUAAUAGAUGCUUUGUUUAUUGAAGAGCUUUUGAACAUUAAGCUCACUAGCUGUGUUGUCUGCGUUGUAGGUCUAAUUCUGGGACCUCUCCUGAAGGUCUAAAGGUGGUGGCUGCCCCCCCACCACCCCCUCCCAGACCCAACGCCUCCCACUCCCGCUCCUCCUCGCUAGACAUGAACAGAAACUUUGCCGCUCACCCCACAGGGCCACAGCAAUCCGGAGUCGUGGCCUGCCCUCCAGCCAUACCUCCUAGACCACUACCCACGCAGGUAGAAAGCCAAAACAUAAGUCAAUUUCAUAGCAGAAGAGAUGUUGCCUCCUCUGGGUAGUCUUUAAUAGGAAAUGUACAUAUUGAAAUGCUGAAAUCUCCUCACUUUGUCUUUAUCUUGUUCGUACGCUCUUCACUCUACACAGACUACUUAAAGUCAUUUAGCAUGUAUUCUCCAGUUCAAGGUUGUUUUCAACAUGCAGUGUUAAGUCUGAACUCUGUCUAUCCUAUCCCCUUUGUCCCCAGACCUCUGGUCCACAUAGUGGGCAUCGCUCAGAUGAGGGCCUGGCAACUCACUCCACUACCUCGCCCCAGCAGAUCCCAGAGCAGCCCAACUUCGCUGACUUCAGUCAGUUCCAGGCAUUCGCUGCCUCAGAUCAGCCCAGUGACGACGAGGAGA